GCUCGUCGUCACUUUCAUCUCUCUCCGGUUACCGACCUCAGUCGUCACCGCCGUUGUAUCGACUCACCACCGUCUAACGUUUUACAGGAUCUUCCGACGUUUCAGUUUGUAUCCAUUUGCUGGUCGCCGUUGUCUGCACUUAUACUGCUGCGAUUAUCUACAGGUCUAAGUUAAUUGAUCUUCUCUUGACUAUGGGGGAUAGCGAAACGGUUGUUGCUCAAACAUCAGCUGUCCAGGAGCAUCCAUCUGUUCCCUAUUCUGCCUCCGAGUAUGGUGAUCCRAGUGGAAAUGCUUCUCUUGGUACAGGGGUUGCUACUUCCAGUGACACCAUUGACGUGGCUGCUUCUACUGGUAAUGAUCCCAUGGUUGUAGACAAUGCCAUUUCUCAUGCAGACGACCCAGGGACAGUUGGAAGAUCGGAGGUUGUAGAUGUCAAUUUCAGUCACGAGGCUCCAUCCUCAACCACACAAGAUGUUAGUGAGAAUCCUGCAAACGUGUCUGUAGAUUCAUCCAAUGCUACUGCUUAUCAUUCUUCUGUGAACGGAAAUGAUGUCAGUGAUGCAAAAACUUUACCAUCUGUGGGCGUAAGUGAGAAUGGUGUUAGUUCAUAUGAUGCUCAUAAUUCUGCAUCUGCAAGCCAACCGGAGGACGGUUCUGUUGUUGCUGCAUUAUCUCCCGAAGAAGAGCGAUUAUGGAGYAUAGUAAAUGCCAACUCGUUGGAUUUCAGUGCCUGGACCGCCCUAAUAGAAGAAACUGAGAAAACAGCUGAGGAAAAUGUUUUGAAGAUCCGAAAAGUUUAUGAUGGAUUUUUAGCUGAAUUUCCUUUGUGUUACGGUUAUUGGAAGAAGUAUGCUGAUCAUGAAGCACGCCUGGGAUUUUUGGACAAAGUUGUUGAAGUCUAUGAGCGAGCAGUGCAUGGAGUAACAUACUCUGUAGAUAUGUGGUUGCACUAUGGUGUUUUUGCCAUAAACACCUAUGGAGAUCCUGACACAGUACGGAGGCUAUUUGAACGAGGAUUAGCUUAUGUUGGAACUGAUUAUCUUUCUUUUCCGUUAUGGGAUAAAUAUAUUGARUACGAGUAUCAGCAGCAGCAAUGGUCCAAUCUUGCCAUGAUAUACACACGGAUAUUGGAGCAUCCCAAUCAGCAGUUGGACCGCUAUUUUAACAGUUUCAGGGAAUUAGUAGCCAGUCGUCCUUUAUCAGAAUUGAGAACUGCUGAGGAAGUUGCAGCUGCAGCAAAUGCUAAGGGGGAAGUUAAUAAUCAAGAAAGCGAAGGGGAAGUCCAUCCAAAUACAGUGGAGCAAUCCUCUAAACCUGUAAGUGCAGGCUUAACAGAAGCUGAGGAGUUGGAGAGUUAUAUCGCCAUUAGAGAAGAGCUGUAUAAGAAAGCUAAAGAGUUCGAUUCUAAGAUCAUUGAUUUUGAAACUGCUAUCAGGAGGCCCUACUUUCAUGUUCGACCACUUAAUGUUGCAGAGCUUGAAAACUGGCAUAACUAUCUUGAUUUUAUUGAAGGAGGCGAUGACUUCAAUAAGGUUGUCAAGUUAUAUGAAAGAUGUCUAAUUGCGUGUGCCAACUAUCCUGAGUACUGGAUUCGCUACAUUUUGUCUAUGGAAGCUAGUGGGAGUAUGGAUCUUGCUGAAAAUGCACUUGCUCGUGCCACCCAAGUGUUUGUAAAGAGGCAACCAGAAAUUCAUCUAUUUGCUGCCCGAUUUAAAGAGCACGGUGGAGACAUUGCAGGUGCUCGUGCAUCUUAUCAGCUUGUGCAUACUGAAAUUUCUCCAGGUCUUCUUGAAGCAAUUGUCAACCAUGCUAACAUGGAGCAUAGGCUGGGGAAUUUGGAAGAUGCUUGUUCCUUGUAUGAGCAGACGAUUGCAAUUGAGAAAGGAAAAGAACAAUCACAAACCUUGCCGUUUUUGUUCGCACAAUAUUCUCGGUUUUUGUACUUGGUUUUACGAAGGGUUGAAAAGGCAAAGGAGGUCCUAGAUCAAGCCCUAGAGAGUAAUCAACUCUCUAAACCACUUUUAGAGGCUUUGAUCCAUAUGGAAUCAAUUCAAUCACUCCCAAAACAAAUUGAUCGUCUAGACUCACUGGUAGAGAAGUUCAUAGCUCCUGGUCCCGAUAAUUCUAAUCCUGCAAGUUAUGCCGAGAGAGAAGAGUUAUCUAGCAUUUUCUUGGAGUUUCUAGAUCUCUUUGGGGACACACAGUCCAUCAAGAAGGCAGACAAUCGGCAUGCCAAGCUCUUUUUACAUCAUAAGAGUGCCUCAGAGUCCAAGAAGCGACACAUGGAGGCUUAUUUAGUUUCUGACAGAGCAAAGCUCGCGAAAAUAGGUGCUGUUUCGCCUGCUCCGUCAGUGGUAGGUGCCUACCAGGGGGCACAGAACCAGUGGCCUGCAGGUUAUGGUGUCCARGCUCAGUCUUGGCCGCAAGCUACACAAGCUCAAGGACAACAAUGGCCUGCGACUUAUAACCAACAGGCUGCUUAUGGCACGUAUAAUGCUUAUGGAAGCAGCUAUGYCCAACCACAAGUGCCAACAUCUGUUCCACAAGCUGCGGCUGCUGCUGCUUAUGCUGCCUAUCCUGCUUCGUACCCAGCCCAGCAGGCUGCCCCACCACAGCAAGUUUACGCACAGCCUGCAGUGGCGGCGGCAGCAGCAGCAGCAGCAACAUUGACACCUGCUCAACAACCAACUGCCGUCGCUCCUCAGUCUUACUACGGCACCUAUUAUUGAGUCGUGGUUUGGUGUUAUCCRUUUUGUCUGUAAAAUACAGAGCUACUCCGACUUGUUUCAUUGCACGGGUGAUUGGUAUGGUCUAGAUGUAGAGACGACGGUAGUGAUUCGUCCAAAAGACGGGAUUUAAGUCCACGGCUGAUUAAUCGGAAGCAGUUGUGGGUACGAGUCUGAUUUCGUUCAGGUMAGUUAAAUUUUAGGGAGUAAUAGAUUGUUUAGCAGAUAAUUAGGCUAUAUAAUUAAUAGGUGGUAUCAUGUUAUUUGAAUAUGUAACGUCGAUUUUGUUACUGAAUGAUUUACACCUGAAUUUGCUUUCAWUU